CAGAACAAAGCCCACGCACACAGACACCCACGUAUCUCCUCCUCCACUACCGUUUCCAUUUCUUGCGACCAAAGAAGACAACAGACAUGGAAUAAAGAAAACUGAGAGAGAGAGAUAGAGAAGAGAAGCAGGUUUGCAGGAGAUCUGAUUUAGCUAGGUAGCUAGCAAUAACAGCCAUGGCGGGAGUCUCUCUCGCGCUCAGAUUAGGAAUCUCUUUCAUGAAGUUUUCUUUGCUCUUGCUGUUAUUAGCCUAUCAGUCCCAUUCCUUCUAUCUUCCUGGUGUUGCCCCUCAGGAUUUCAUUACUGGGGCUGAGUUAAAGGUGAAAGUAAACAAACUGACUUCUACAAAAACACAACUUCCGUACUCAUACUAUUCCCUCCCAUAUUGUCCUCCAGAUCGUAUAGUUGACAGUGCAGAGAAUCUUGGAGAAGUUCUUCGUGGUGAUCGUAUUGAAAACUCUCCUUAUGUGUUUCAAAUGAGAGAACCGCAACAGUGCCGAAUUUUAUGUCGGAUAACCCUUGAUGCAAAAACAGCAAAAGAAUUCAAGGAAAAGAUUGAUGAUGAUUACCGGGUCAACAUGAUUUUGGAUAAUCUUCCACUUGUUGUGCCCAUUCCAAGGCUUGAUCAGGAAAAUGCGGUAGUGUAUCAACAUGGCUUCCAAGUUGGUCUUAAAGGGCAGUAUGCUGGGAGCAAAGAUCAAAAACAUUUUAUCCACAAUCACUUGACAUUCACUGUCAAAUUUCACAAAGACUCGCAGUCAAAUUUAGCCAGGAUUGUUGGGUUUGAGGUCAAACCAUUCAGCGUUAAACAUGAUUAUGAAGGUCAGUGGAAGAAUGAGAAUACACGCUUAACAACCUGUGAUCCCCACGCAAGGCGUGCAGUAACUAGCUCUGAAUCUCCUCAAGUGAUUGAGGAUAAGAAACAUGUGAUAUUUACAUAUGAUGUUGCAUUUGAGGAAAGCGAAGUGAAGUGGGCUUCUCGGUGGGAUACCUAUCUUUUGAUGGCUGAUGAUCAAAUUCAUUGGUUCUCAAUUAUCAAUUCUUUAAUGAUUGUUCUUUUUCUCUCGGGGAUGGUGGCUAUGAUCAUGUUGAGGACACUUUUCCAGGAUAUCUCCAAGUACAACCAACUGGAGACCCAAGAAGAAGCCCAAGAGGAGACAGGAUGGAAAUUGGUCCAUGGGGAUGCUUUCCGGCCUCCAACAAACUCAGACCUACUCUGUGUCUAUGCUGGGACAGGGGUUCAGUUUUUUGGGAUGAUUUUUGUUACUAUGAUAUUUGCUGCACUUGGUUUCCUUUCUCCAUCGAAUCGAGGUGGGUUGAUGACAGCCAUGCUCCUUCUCUGGGUAUUUAUGGGUCUUUUUUCCGGAUAUGCAUCAGCUCGUCUUUAUAAGAUGUUCAAGGGAACAGAAUGGAAGAAAAUUACUCUGAAAACAGCUUUCAUGUUUCCUGCAACGAUCUUUGCCAUAUUCUUUGUCUUGAAUGCUCUAAUAUGGGGUGAGAAAUCAUCUGGGGCAGUGCCUUUUGGAAUCAUGUUUGCUCUGGUAUUCUUAUGGUUUGGCAUUUCAGUUCCACUUGUCUUUGCUGGUAGUUAUAUUGGUUUCAGGAAGCCUGCAAUUGAAGAUCCAGUGAAAACGAAUAAGAUCCCAAGGAAGAUUCCAGAACAGGCCUGGUACAUGAACCCAGUUUUCUCUAUUCUAAUUGGAGGCAUUCUUCCAUUUGGAGCUGUCUUUAUCGAGCUCUUCUUUAUCCUUACAUCAAUAUGGCUGCAUCAGUUCUACUACAUUUUUGGUUUCUUAUUCAUUGUCUUUGACAUCUUUAUUGUCACUUGUGCCGAGAUCACAAUUGUGCUUUGCUACUUCCAGCUGUGCAGUGAGGACUACCUUUGGUGGUGGAGGUCUUACCUGACAUCAGGGUCCUCUGCAAUUUACCUCUUCCUCUAUGCUGCUUUCUACUUCUUCACGAAGCUUGAUAUUACAAAACCAGUGUCUGGGAUCUUAUACUUUGGCUACAUGCUGAUUGCCUCAUAUGCUUUCUUUGUGCUGACUGGCACAAUUGGCUUCUAUGCCUGCUUCUGGUUUACCAGGCUCAUCUACUCAUCAGUGAAGAUUGAUUAAUUGUUUGGUGCAACCUGAAAGGAAUUGGUUUGUUUGUUUCUACACGAUGAAGAGCAAAUACCUCGUUUGGGACUUGGGAUCAGAAUUGGGGGAAAGAGGCAUAUUCAGAAGUACCAUUUGGGUUAGUUUUUGAGUCUUAAAUCAUAGGAAAAUAUAAUUAGCAUCUUAAACACAGGUUUGGUAGAUCUAGCUAUUUUUACAGUUUUUUCCUGGUUUGUCUUGAUGUUUCCCUUUCCUGUGACAUCUAGGGGGAUUGUAAAGCAGCCACCCUGCACUCCCCAUUCUAGAAAUGAGAAUCAAUCCUUGUACUAUCAGUGCUUGUGCCCACCUUACAAACUAUUCCCUGAUAAACUGUCUACUGUCCACAAUAAAAUUUUCAUGCUUAAUUUUC